CGGCGGGGCCGCGACCGAGGGACCGGCGACCGGCGACAUGUUCCGCUGCCGCGCGGGCCUGGCGCGCGCCCUGCGCCCCCCGCCGCGGGGACGCGCCUACGCGGGCACGUUGUUGCAGCGCUGGAAUGUGCCCCCAGACCUACAGCUGAGCAGACAAAUGGCUAGCACAGGCAUGCCUGGGCAAAAGGGCAGUAAUUCGGUUUUUGUCCUUAUUAUGGGCUUGUCCACCUUAGGAGCAGGUGCCUAUGUGUACAAAACAAUCCAGGAGAGCAAAGAGCGAUACGCCAGCCGGCUCGCGAGGAUCACCAGGCAAACCCAAGACGAUCAGUCCUCUGCCUCAGAUGCAGGUGCUGCUCCUCAGGGCACAGCAGCUCCGGGCAUGCCUCCCAAGGUCCCAUCCCACGUCCCUUUCCUGCUCAUUGGGGGAGGAACUGCUGCUUUCGCUGCUGCCAGAUCCAUCCGGGCCCGUGACCCUGGUGCGCGGGUGCUGAUUGUGUCUGAAGAUCCUGCCCUCCCCUACAUGCGUCCACCCCUUUCCAAAGAACUGUGGUUUUCUGAUGAUCCCGACGUGACAGAGACGUUGCGGUUCAAGCAGUGGAACGGCAAGGAGAGGAGUAUCUUUUUCCAGCCGCCGUCUUUCUACGUGCCUGUCGAGGACCUGCCUUCUGUGGAGAAUGGUGGGGUGGCAGUUCUGCCUGGCAAGAAGGUUGUGCACAUGGAUGUCAGAGGGAACACAGUGAAGCUUAGUGAUGGGACCCAGAUAUCCUAUGACAAAUGUCUCAUUGCCACUGGGGGAUCCCCAAGGAAGCUGCCUGCCAUCGAAAGAGCAGGAAAGGACGUGCAGAAAAGGCUGACUCUGUUCCGAAAGAUUGAGGACUUCCGAAGGCUGGAGAAGAUUUCCAGGGAAGUCAAGUCCAUCACAAUUAUUGGUGGUGGUUUCCUCGGCAGCGAGCUGGCCUGUGCUCUGGGAAGGAGAGCACGAACCCAAGGCCUGGAGGUGAUCCAGCUGUUUCCAGAGAACGGCAACAUGGGCAAAGUCCUGCCUGAAUACCUGAGCAACUGGACCACGGAGAAAGUCAGAAGAGAGGGGGUCAAUGUCCUGCCCAAUGCCGUGGUCAAAUCAGUCUCUGUCUCCGGCAACCGGCUGGUGAUUAAACUGAAGGACGGCCGGAAGGUGGAGACAGAUCACAUUGUGGCUGCAGUGGGGCUGGAGCCCAAUGUGGAACUGGCCAAGUCAGCGGGGCUGGAGGUGGACUCGGACUUUGGGGGGUUCCGGGUGAACGCAGAGCUGCAGGCACGCUCCAACAUCUGGGUGGUGAGUGUGGGCACAGCCUCCCACAACAUCUGGGUGGCAGGGGAUGCUGCCUGUUUUUAUGACAUCAAACUGGGCCGCAGGCGUGUGGAGCACCAUGAUCACGCCGUGGUGAGCGGAAGACUGGCUGGAGAAAACAUGACAGGAGCUGCAAAGCCCUACUGGCACCAGUCCAUGUUCUGGAGUGACCUAGGCCCCAACGUGGGGUACGAAGCCAUUGGCCUCGUGGACAGCAGUUUGCCCACAGUGGGAGUGUUUGCCAAGGCGACAGAGAAGGACACGCCAAAAAGUGCAACAGAACAGUCAGGGACUGGAAUUCGAUCUGAGAGUGAAACAGAAGCGGAAGCCUCAGAAGUUCAGAUCUCUCAAAGCUCUUCACCAAUGCCUCAAGUCCCAAAGCAAGGAGAAGAUUACGGCAAAGGUGUCAUUUUCUACCUCAGGGAUAAAGUCGUGGUGGGAAUUGUGUUGUGGAACAUCUUCAACAGGAUGCCCAUUGCUCGGAAGAUAAUCAAAGAUGGGGAGGAGCAUGAGGACCUCAAUGAAGUAGCAAAACUCUUCAACAUUCAUGAAGACUGAACUCCACAGCAGGAAGACCUGGAGGAAGUGGGCUGCUGGCUGUGUGCACCCCUGCACCUUGGGCAGCUUCCUGGAAGCACUUGGGAAUAUUCCACUCACCCAAGCCCAGUGUUUGCACCAAUAAAGUCAGAUUGCUCUAGUCACCUGCUCCUUCCUGCACCACUGCCUGGCUGGUGAGGAAAGGGGAGCAUGCUGCCCCACUGGGGUCAGUUUUCCCUUGUGUGCGCCUUGGAGAAGCCUGCAGAACUCCAUCUUUCCUUGCAGGAAUUCCUACUGGUGAGCAAGCAGGCCUGCAGACUCUCUGCCUGUUCUCCAGACUGUCAAAACAGACUCAACUUGGGAAAAUAAAUUACCAAUCAAAAUCAGAGCAGGAUGAUGAGAAGUAAAACAAAUCUUAAAAACACUUCCCCUCCCUCCCUUUCCUUCCUGGGCUCUCCAUCUUCCCUCCCAUCAUCACAAGGAGACAGGGAAUGAGUGCCAUGGUCAGUUCACAUGUUGUUUCUGUCCCCUGCUCCAAGGUAGGGUCCCUCCCAUAGGAGCCAGUGCUCCAUGAAGUUCUCCAGCGUGAGUCCUUCCCAUGGGCUGAAGUUAAAUCUUUUAUCCCUGAGGUGUCACCACCAUCUCUGCUGGGCUCAGCCUUGGCCAGCAGUGGGUGCAUCCUGGAGCCGGUGGCAUUGGCUCUGUCGGACAUGGGGAAAGUUCUGGCAGUUUCUCACAGAAGCCACCCCAGUAGUCCCUUGCUGCCAAAACCUGGCCAUGCAAACCCAACACACCUGAUAACUGCAUUGGGUGAUGCAGGGCCUCAUGGUGCCCUUGGGCUGUUGUGACACUGCAAGCCCCAUGACACCAAGGGGCCAUUGUGACACAGCAGGGUCACAUCCUGCCUGUGGGGUGUUUAAGGAACCCCUCUGGGGUUCCAACUCAACCACCUUGCUGAGGAAGGAGCCCCCCAGGAGCUUCCCAGGACACCUGUGGAAAAGGAGCCAUGGAGGAGCAGAACCCCAGUCCCCAGAGCCCCAAGGAGAGGCACCAGCUGAGAGACAGAGGGAAAGGCCAACGGGAGGAUGGCACCAGCUGUACCAGCACCCUGCCCAAGCAGCUGCCUCCAUCCCGCACCUCUUCCUCCUCCCGCCCACAGCUGCAGCAGCCUCAGGGCAGCUCCCAGGGCCGGUCCCUGCACCGGCUGACACUGCCCCGCAGCUCCCAGGGCCAGUCCCUAACCCGGCUGACACUGCCCCGCAGCUCCCAGGGCCGGUCCCUAACGCGGCUAACACUGCCCCGCAGCUCCCAGGGCCGGUCCGUGUCCCGGCUGACAUCGUCCCGCAGCUCCCAGGGCAGCCAGACCCGGUCCGUGUCCUGGCUGACAUCGUCCCGCAGCUCCCUGAGCUCGGGGGGUACCGACAGCCGUCUCAGCCCGGACGAGGGGGGGCGGGAACAAGGCCCGCAGGGACGCAAGUCCCGCCCUGGUGGCUCCUUGCAGCCGGCCAUGCUGGCCAGCAGAGCCACAGCCCGUGGCCAGCACCGACCCGUGAGAAGCCGCCGGGCCAGCAGCGGCCCGGUGGGGCCAGAACCGGCCUCCACGAGGAAAGUAAUUUCUGACCCUCAGAGAAAGGCCUCUCAUCGUGUGGAACAGGAAACCCAGACUGAGUCCUGGGCACAAGAGGCAGAUUCAGCUGUUCAAUAUGCUGAGCAGGAGACACAGACAGAUAGUGUGGCAGAAGAGGAGAAAAAUUCAGCUGCUCCCCUCAUGGUUGACCAGGAGACAGAAACUGAGACUCCAAUACAAGAGAAGAAUUCAGCUUCUCCUCAAAUCACUGACGAGUGGACACAGACCAAGGCCCACAGCUCUGCCCCCUCCACAGGCACUGAUGCCCUGGCUCACCAGCAGCCGCACUCCCUGUUCUGUAGGGAAUUCUGGCGCUCCUGCACGGCUGGACAGCCUCGUGCUGCCAGCGCCCUGCAGGACCUCAGGGACAGCCGCUGCUCCAGGCAGCCACAAUGGCCUGAGCACAGCACACCAGACAAGUGGGGGUGGACGGCACUGCCACCCUACUCUUGGUCAUGGCUCAUUGAGAUGAACCAGUUUUAAUAAAAUAUUUCAUUUCUCUAA